AUGAUCUCCACUGCAGCUCUGCAAACCAUACUGGGAAUUCCUCCUCUCCACCUCCAACUACAAAGAGAGGCGAAGGGCAUCUCGGUCUAUAGGCUCCACAAUAAUAACAACAGUCUCAACAUCGACCCCAACGAAGUGGACAGCAAGUUAACCGGCUGGACCUCUCAUCCCUCGGUGCACCUUCAGGAUCGCCAAAUCUCAUUAGAGGACGGACGAAGUUUCUUCGAUGUCAAUGGAAUAUACACAGACGGCUCGAAGACAGAAAAAGGUGUCGGAGCAGCCUUCUGUGUAUUCCAAAAUGGAUAUCCAACGACUACUUGGACAUCAAAGCUGGCAGAAUAUAAUACCGUCUUCCAAGCCGAAAUCCUGGCACUCUACAAGGCGGUCAAUUAUAUUCGGUCAACAUCAACAACGACAACCAUCUACGUUGACAACAAAGCCAGCAUCCAAGCAGCCGCCAAUCCGAAAUCCAAGAAUAGGAAAGCCAGAGAGAUUUUCAAAAUCCUUUCCUCCAAUAUUAAUAUCAACCUCUCUUGGAUCAAGGCCAACACCGGACAUGCCGGCAACAAGUCAGCAGACAUACAAGCCAAACAGGCAGCAGAAUCCGACCAAGAUAUACAGCCAGAGCCAUAA